GAGAACAUCUCUGCCGAACGAAAAAAUAUAAAUCGCCAACACACAAUCAUGAGUUAUCACCAAAACAACAGAAACGCGGCUGCAUAUGACCACUAUGGUUUCGCCAAUGCGGACAAUCGGACUGAAGACAAUUUGCGGCGCUCCCAUUCGCAGGCCAAUCGGUUCAGGCCAACUGCAGGAGAAAAUAUGGAUUUCGAUCUUAUGAACUUCGUUUCGCAGCAUGCGAACUACAUCGAUGUCCAUGCCGAAGCCAGGAUGCAAUUUCCGGAGCCGGUCAACGACUACGAAUUUGAUUGGAGCUCCAUUGGAGUGGACGAACAUCAGGGUGCGAAUCAAGGUGCCAUUAGGCAAGAUCUAAACCAGCUGAACCAGGCCCCAACCGAUGUACCUUUUUCGAGGAUGGCUGUAGAUCCAACGACAUCGCAGGAUCCCACUCAGCUGGGUAGAGCCGAAUCGUCAAGGAAGAAAGUAGAGAAAAAUCAAAUUGACGAUACUCAGUUCCUGAGCGAAUUGGAAUCUCUAAUUGACGGUCAUGAAAACUUGUCUCAGCCGACGAAAUCGAAGGCAUCCAAGCAAAAGAAAAAGAAAAAAUCGAAAUCUGAACAUAAACAUAAGCCAAUUAAAAUGGAAGCAAAUUCAACAAACAAUGAAUUACCAACUACAUACUGCGGAAACAUAGCGCAGUCAACUGAUAUGCAAUCUAAUACGAAUACCAAUUCCUUCAAUUCCGAUAUGCCCAUUUCUGAUAUUGCACAAUCCAACGGAAAUGCUAAUUCAGCUUAUGACACAACUGGCGGUACAAACAUGGAUGUAGAAGAAUUACCAACUACGUCCAAUGAUAUAACCAAUCCGCCAACUGAUGUAGAACCUAAUAUGGAUAUUACUUCAGUCUAUGAUUUAAUUGAUGAUUUAAAUUUGGACUUUGAUCAACUACCAACUACUUCCGUUGAUAUAGCAACACACCCAAUGGACAUACAAUCCAAUAUGGAUGUCAAUUCCGCGUAUGAUUUAAUUGGCGACAUUAAUAGGGAUUUUAAUCAAUAUAACAGAACAUAUACGGCACCUGCCAAGCCAACUAGAGGCUCCAUAUACAAGAUCAAAAAGCCCAGGCCCGUCAAAAGAACCAUUCCGGCACCAUCGAAGCCCAGUAUUGCCCAAUUGAUGCGCGAGGCUGCCAAAAAGGAAAGGGAAGCUGCCAGACCGAAGAGACAGAAGAAGACCAAGGGGACCACACAACCAGAACCAGUUCCAAAUCUUCCAAACUUCAAUCUGUUGUCUGCAGACCAGACCAUGCCUGAGCCAUACUAUUUUCAAGAGAAUUAUGACGAGUUCAUGCUGCAGGAACCCCCAAUACCAACCGAAUAUAUAAGUCCCAUUGAAACCGAAGACUUGAUGCAAACGAUUCCGCAGAUUCCAGCAGUGCCUGCUGCUCCAAAUCAACCAAUACGAACAAUCGGAAAGGUAAUAAAGCCUCCAGUCAAGCGGACUUACAAAAAGAAAGCCAAUAAACCCAUGACUACUGAUAUACUUCAAGAAAACCAUGCCGAGGUCAUGGCGCCAGAAUCAUCUACUAUACCAAAUGAACUAGUAGAGCGCGUUGAAACUGAUAUUGGGAUGCCAGCAAAUCCUCAGAUUCCAACAGCGCCUGUUGCUCCCAUUCGAUCAAUCGGAAAGGUAAUAAAGCCUCCAGCGAAGCGUACUUACACGAAGAGAGCCAAUAAGGUCAACAACACAAAUACACUUCAAGAAAAUCAUGCCGAGGUCAUGGUGCCCGAUCCUACCAUACCAACUGAACUUGUGGAGCCCAAUGGAACUGGUUUUCUUAUGCCACCAAAUCUGCAGACUCCAGCAGUGCCUGUUGCUCCAAGUGUACCAAUACGAUCAAUCGGAAAAGUAAUAAAGCCUCCAGCCAAGCGUACUUACACGAAGAGAGCCAAUAAGGCCAACAAUACAAAUACACUUCAAGAAAAUCAUACCGAGGUCAUUGUGCCACAACCUACUACAACAAGUGAACUCGUAGACCCCGUUGGAACUGAUGUGGGCAUACCACCGACUCCGCAGACUCCUACUAUACAAUCGAUCGGCAAGGUUAGUAAGCCCAGAGCUCCCAGGAAGAAACCUGUUAAGAAGGUUCCCGUUCAGGAGACGCAGCAGGAUGUACCUAUUGGAGUUGCGGCAGAGCAAGAAGCUCCUCCAAUCGCUGCCCAGGCACCUAAGCCUCGAGCCAAACGAACUUACACAAAGAGAGCCAACAAGGCCAUGAAUACAAAUACACUUCCAGAAAAUCAUACCGAAGUCUUGGCGCCAGAACCUACUAUACCAAUUCAACUGGGUGAGCCCCUCGGAACUGACAUUGGGAUCCCACCGCUUCAGCAGAUUCCAACUGCGGCUGUUGCUCCGAAUUUAACCGUACAACCGAUCGACAAGGUGGUCAAACCCAGAGCACCCAGAAAAACACCUGCUAAGAAGGUGCCCCCUCAGGAAUCGGGCACGGAUAUACCAACUGAGAUAUCGCCGGAAGGAGAAACUGCUCAAAACAAACCGAAGCCUAAACCAAGAGCACCCAGGGUACCCAAGGAACCUAAGGCGCCAAAGGUGCCGAAGACACCUAAAGUACCAAAGGCACCGAAGGUACCGAAAGAACCUAAGGCACCCAAGGUACCGAAAGAACCUAAGGCACCCAAGGUACCGAAAGAACCUAAGGUACCAAAGGCACCCAAGGAACCUAAGGUACCAAAGGCACCAAAAGAACCUAAGGUACCAAAGGCACCCAAGGAACCUAAGAUACCAAAGGCACCCAAGGAACCUAAGGCACCUAGGCCACCCAAGGUGGCCAAAACUCCUAAGGAACCAAAGGCACCCAAGCCUCCGAAGCAGCCCAAGAUACCAAAAGCAGCAGGGCAACCUAAGGCAUCAAUGAACACAACACCGAACAGCGUACAGGUACCGCUUCCCAUUGAGCCUGUCCCCCCAGAAACAACCAUCGAUACCAUGCUCUUAGAUAAUCCCACUUGCAUGGAUCCCAUGUCUAUGCCUGUAAUAUCAACACUUUGCAAAAUACUCAUUCAGGGGCCGAUAACACCCAUAUCGCCAAUUAAAUCCCAUGUGCCAAUUGCUCAAGAUCCUGCUCCGCAUCACGUAGAGGACUCCAAUGUGUCCCAAUUGUGCGAAGAUCGUCCAAACUUGCCGACCAUCUCAUGCGAGGCCAGUGUAAAAGCUAGUCCACGGGUCCCAACAAUGGGCAAGAACAUAAGCAAUGUGACUGCAGUGAUGGAAAAUAAACAAUUACCGAAAGAAAAGGCUGAAAAAUCGGAAAUAUCAAGUCAUAAUGGUGGCAAGACAGUUCAAGACACUGCUAUUUCAAACGGCGCGAUUAGCCAAGAUCAUGUUAGAUCACUAUCAAAAUCCCUAUCCGUAUCUCCACGCGUAUCAAGGCAUUCAUCUCGUUCCUCGUCAUCAAGUUCUUCGUCAAGCUCUUCAUCAAGCUCUUCAUCAAGCUCAUCGUCAAGCUCUUCAUCCGGCUCAUCCAAGUCGUCCAGUUCGUCCAGUUCAUCCAGUUCGUCCUGCUCGACUUGCUCCAGUUCCGACUCUUCCACAUCAACUUCCAACUUGGAGUCGUCACGAUCUUCACGAGCACGGUCCCGGCCUUCCCGGUUGCCAAAGUCUGCUUUGGCAAACAAGUCGGUUCCACUUUUGGAGGAGCCAAUUGAAGCAAAUGCGAAAAUAAACAUACAGUUGGGCCAACCAACCCGUCUUGACUCACUAUCGCCACCAAGCACGCACAAGCCGAUUUGUAUCACAUUCGAAGAGCAUUUGAAAAAUCUAUCAACUGCGCAGAUUCGGCCUAUAUCGCCGAUGUCAAGGCAACCAUGUGAUGGGUUUGAGUUCAACUUGCCAGCGCCCAUGUUGUCCGAGGAGUCAUCCAGUUCAUCUUCGUCGGAGAGCGAAGAUGAAUCUAACGUGAAGUGUCAGAUGACACCAAAUUCUCAUGCUGUUUUACCAAUGAUACCGCCACUUAAACAAUUGAACAGAGAGUCCCGUCCAAUUCAACCAAACUUGAAAGCUUGUAAACCUGGAGUUCCCCUAGCACCGGCUUCCAGAUCAUCAGAUGAAGCCGCACUUGGGUCCUGUGCUCCAAGAGCACAGGUACCAAUGAUACCGCCACUUAAACAAUUCGAGAGAGAGUCCAGACCAAUUCAACCAAACUUGAAAGCUUGUAAACCUCAAGUUUCCCUAGCAACGGCUUCCAGUUCAUCCAGAUCAUCAGAUGUAGCCGCACUUGGGUCCUGUGCUCCAAAAGCACAGGUACCAAUAAUACCGCCACUUAAACAAUUCGAGAGAAAGUCCAUCCCAAUUCAACCAAACUUGAAAGCUUCUGAACCUAAAGUUCCCCUAGCACCGGCAUCAUCCAGAUCAUCAGAUGAAGCCGCACCUGGGUCCUGUGCUCCAAGAGCCUUUGAGCGUGAUUUAAACAAACCAAGUCAUGCAGCGAGGAAUGUUGGUAUCAAUUAUCAGAAAGAGGUCUCACAAGACCCAAGUGAAAUACUUCUGAAGAAACGUGCCACUGAACUAUACACUCCAAUGGAAAUAAAUGCUGCGACUCAAUUGCCUAUUCAGAAUCCCAUUGAAGUGCCCAAUUCUAAUGCUUCUUUACCGAUUCCCGUAAAUUUGAAUUACAACUUAGAGAAAGAAACAAACGAUAAGCCACCUAAUUCUAAAAUGGUAGAACCAUUUAAAAAGCCAAGUAAUUCAAUACUUUCCAAACCAGACGUCGAUUUUCCGACCAUUAUGAAUGCACCAAAAACAAAUCUUUCUGAUGAACCGAAUAAUGAAAAUAUAAAUUUCCAGAAACGGGCUUUACUAGACUCGAAGCUCAAAUCAUUGAUGAGAAGUGCCAUUGUAAAGUGGAAUGUGCCAGGAGUUGAAACCAACCAAACAACACAACAAUCUGAUUCCAUAAUAAUAAUAAAGGAGCGCAUUAAAAUCCCUGAACAUAAAGUUUCGCUACCGAUGGAUGUGAAUUCAACUGAAGGAGAAGAUGAUAAGAUAAGUAAUCCCAAAAUUGUUGAACCAGUAAGCAAUACAUUAAAAGUGCUGCAUAAGCACCAACCAUCAAGGAUCCCAAUUAAAAUCAGACCACCGAAGAAUAAACAUAUUGAUUACCAGUGGCGCGCUCCACUGGAGAGGAUUAAAAAAUCCUUGAAAGACUGUUCUAGUGUAACUAGUGAUUCGGCAGAUAGUCCAAAUGACCAGAUGGAAAAGGAUGAGACUCAACUGAAAGAACUGCCAAUCCAACCGACCACAUCUACGGUAAACCUACCGAUGGCUCUGAAUUCAAUGAAUGAAUCAGAGGAUAAUGCAUGUAUUCCAAAGAUUACGGCAAAACCGGACACAGACGUCAAUCCUCGAAGUUCUACAGUUUGUGGACCGAACUUAAAACUGACAAAUGAGCACAACAAAUCUUGGGCCCCAAAUUACCAAGGACUAGAAUCACGGGAGUUAAAGGAGAAUUCAUUGAAUGGAGGUUUCAAUGCGAAGUGUAACUUACCAGAUAUUCCUAUCAGCCGGAUGACAAAACAUCCUAAGACUCAGCUCACAAUUGAAAAGCCAUUUAAAGAUUCCGGCUGCGAAGUUUCUCAACCGGUGGCUCUGAACUCUAAUCAGGAACCUGAUGUUGAGACAAGCGUUUCCAAACAAUUGGAACCUGUACACAAGGCCGUCAAACUGAUAAACGAAUCACAACCACAAUCAAGGUCUCCAAAUGUAGUCAGCAACACGAAGAAUAAGAAUGCAAACGACCAGAACAAAGUUCUGGUGGAACCAACAAAUAAGUCUUUCAAAGAAGAUCCUACUGUAAAUUGUAAUUCGGCAGAUAAUCCAACCAAUCAGGUGGUAAAACAAUUCCAAAAGGAAUGGCCAAUCCAGGAGACAGCAUCAACUCUCCCGAUGGUUGCAAGUUCAAUGAAAAAUACAGAACCUGAGCCAUAUAAGGCUGACACUGUUGAAUCCAAUGUAAAACCUUUAAUAUCUGCACCAGGCAUAAACCCAAGCAGUUCUAAGGCUUGUAGACCAGACUUGAAGCCCAGUAUUCUUGAAAGGUAUUAUUCCUAUAAGCGUAAAUCGAAGGAUGCGAUGAAGUCAACGCUCUUUACUUCUAAUAUUUCCCAAUCAAAAGAUAUAGCAAAUCUCAAAAUAUUCGAACCAGAUAUAAAACCGCGUAACUGUAGAAUACCUGUUCCAGUUAAGCGAAAUUUAUCUGAACCAGACCUUUUUGAGCUAGAUAUGCAGCCUAGUACUUCCAAAGCUGCUAAGCUAUAUAUUAAUUCAAGUACUUCCAAAGCUGCUAGGCCAAAAACUUCUGAACUAAACAUCAAAAAGUCAAGGCUCUUUAAAUCUAAUGAUUCUAAAUCUGAAGUAAAAUCUCCUCUUUGUCAAAUGUCAGCACAGCAAGGGCCUCGCAAAUCAAUUAGCGAACUAGAUUUGAAACCCGAUGCUAAAUCCAAUAAUUUCAAAGCUGUUCAACCAGAUAUUAAUGCACGUAUUCCAAAAAUGUCGGAAGCAAAUGUCGAACUCGGCAAUCUGAAAAUAUCUGAACCAGAUAUAUCUGAUCCAGUUAAACGAAAUCCCUUACAGCCUAUAAUGCCUGAGCCAAAUACUUUUGAGCUAGAUAUGCGGCCUAGUACUUCUAAAGCUGCUCAGCUAUAUUUAAAAGCAAGAUCUUCUAAAGCUGCCAAGCCAAAAACUCUUGAACCAAAAACUCUUGAACCAAAUACUCUUGAACCAAAUACUCUUGAACCAAAUACUCUUGAGCUAGAUAUGCAGCCUAGUACUUCUAGCUCUUUUGCUAAUCCAAGCACUUCUGCACCAACCAAAAAACGUCGUAAAUCAAAAACUGCGCAAUCAAAACAGGGGACCCCGAAACCAUCGAACAAACAAGUGAAAUCAAAGGCCGCAAAACGUACAAAUGAUGCUGAAAAUAAAGACCCAAUGAAUACGGCAAUGCAUCAGUAUAAAAUUCCCAAGCUUGGGCCAAAUAAUCCUGAGGAAAAUACGGCAGUAAAAGCUGAAGAAAAUAAAAGUGCCGAUAGGUCUCGGAUAAGACCCAACUUUUCAGAACCGGCGAACGGAGUUCAACAUGCACCGGAGAUGUACCAGACGCCAAACUAUCAGAAUCUUCAAUACCCCUACUCGCCGAGGGGCUAUUACCCCUAUCAGAGGGUCUAUCCGCCGCAGCCCUCAGGCAGUCAGUAUUAUAUGAACCAACCAAUGCGAAUGAAUCAGCCCAUGUACGAAGAGGUGGAGCCGUCCUAUCAGAGGCCAUAUCUGAUGCAACGAUAUCAGCCAUAUCACAUUAACCAACCCAUGAGACCCAAUUACUCCUACCAAGGGGAGCCUUCUCCCAGAACCCAUUCGAUGGGUAUUCAUUAUCAGCCCUAUGACACACUCUACCCGAUGAGAAGUGAUUUGUACUAUCAGAGGGGCCGUUCGAACUACUCCAUAAAUUAUGCCCAACAACCUGUCCAUUCUGUAAGAAACAUGCAACCACGAAGCUCUCUAGGAAAUCAUCCACUGAAUAUGAUACCUUCCCGUCAAUCUGUCCAAUCCAUUGAUCAUGCUCAACGGAUGAAUGAACAGAGCACAUUUGAAACGAUCCAAAAAAUUGAUUGCACUAUUAGAAGUGCCUUCGCUGGUCGGAAGUACAGGACACUCAAGGACCUCAGGGAGCGAACAAAGCUAUCGAAAUAUUGUUUGCGCAUGGCUUUUAAGCGCAUUUGCAAAAUCAAGCGUCCCAAGUGGCGUAUCAGCAAGUUCUAUCUGGAGGCCUAUGGGGCGGAAAUGUCGGGUCUCUCCCCAAGUUCCGAUGAUGAUGAACCGUUGGAACUGAACUCUACCUAUCGCACAGUGAUUAGGUCCUAUGCGGAAUGCAAGUUUUUACGCAUGGAGUCCUUAAUGCAGAGAACUGGGUUUGGGAAACACAAACUGAUGCGAAUUCUGAAGAUGAUCGGAAGAAAGCGAUCGACGAAAUGGCGUCUGCUCACUUAUAGGAAGCCACUAAUUCACUUGCACCGAGGUCACAAGAAAGUCUUCCCUUGCAUUUAGAAUUUAUGAAGAAUCUACACUUACAUGCUACAGAAUUUAUAAAGAAUUAUAAUUAUAAUUGUUAUUAUAAAACAUUCAAAUAAAAACA